GGUGUGCCUUGCGAUGAGAGAGAGCAUGUGGUGAUGGCGUUGUUUUGCCCUACGUGCGCCAACAUCUUGUUGGUUGACCAGCAGCACCUGGGCAGCAACCUGCGGUUCUACUGCCGCAGCUGCCCCUACGUCUUCAGGAUAACCGAGAAGGUCACGCGCAAGACAACCUUCGAGCAAAGGAAACGCGACGAGGUCUUCGGCAAGGAAAUGUGGGACGGCGCACCGAGGACACAAGGUACGCAAAUGGCAGAUGACAUGCCCGCGUCCCGCCUCUGAUCUGCUCUGUGUUAUGUCUGUGUGUGUUUGAUGCGGUCAGUUGUGUGUCCGGGUUGCGGCCACCGUGAGGCGUUCUUCAAGCAGAUGCAGAUCAGGUCGGGUGACGAGCCCAUGACGAGCUUCUACAGAUGCUGCUCGUGCGAGAAACACUGGAGGGAAGACUAGACUGACUGGUGGCUCUGUGUGGAUGACGUGUGUACAGUACUCAUGUGACAGCAAAGCAGAGAGUGUGACGGACCGGCAAGGCACUUCUGUGAAUACAUCC